UUUUGGGAGAUUGUCAGUUUGAAUUAAGAAUUUGCAUUCGUUCUUUACCUUUUUAAAAUAAUUACUUUAAAAAAUGAUAAACACAGAAACAACGAUAAACUAAUUAGUUAAUUGCAUUUAGGCUGAUAAAAGCAUAUUUUUUUUUAUAACACCGCAAAUAUAAUAUUAUAUAUAUUUAUUAAUAAUACUUGCUAUGGAAGCGCAAAUUGAAACAAUCUCAAAAGUUCCAAAAUUUGGAAUAAGACAUGAAAUGUCCAUUUUACUUCAUACAUUUAUGCUGUUUAUGUAUAGUACAAGAGUUAUCUUGCCUUUGGCCAUUGUUGCUAUGAUUGAUUCUACUGCCUCAUCAAAUCCAGAUAUACCGACUUACGAUUGGACUAAUACAGGAGUAAUACUUUCAGCCUUUUUUUGGAGCUACGUGGCACUGCAGCCCUUCUCCGGAUAUAUUUAUCUGCGUUUUGGCUUAAAGAACGUCAUUUUUAUCACAUCCCUUAUUAACAGCGUGACGUUUUUUAUUAUUCCUUUUAUAGUCUUUCGCUGGGAUUACAAUGGUCUGAUAGUUUGCAGGGUUAUUCAAGGUAUAUGUCAUGGAUUUUACUAUCCCGGAGUGGUGGCAGCUUUUGGCCUAUGGAUACCACUCAACGAAAGGUCUUUCUUAACCAUGAUUGUCAUGGCGGGGUAUUAUGUUAGCUGCAUUAUAUCAAUGCUAAUAACUGGAUAUGUAUCAGCAAGUUGGUGGGGUUGGCCGGCUGCCUUUUAUAUUUUUGGGGUGUUUUGUAUUUUAUGGUGUGUAAUUUGGUGGAUUUUUGCAGCAGAUUCGCCAAAAAAGCACCCACGGAUUACAAAAAGUGAACGAAAGUACAUCGAGGAGUCUUUGCAGUCUGCCGAGAAAACUGAGAACAAAUCUAUUCCGUUAAAAGCCAUUUUUACUUCUGUACCUUUUUGGUCCGCUCUGAUAGCGAAUAUUGGCUAUUCUUGGGUAUUAACCAUUAGCGAAACACAAGUGCCCACGUAUUUGAAAAAUAUUUUCAAUUUUGAUAUAGCGUCGAAUGGAGCAACUGCAUCCUCACCUUAUAUAGUGCAGCUACUCGCUACAGUCUUAUUAGCACCUCUAGGCGACUUUUUAGUAUCUAGGAAUUACAUAAUGCUAAUGACUUGGAGAAGAAUAUCACAAUUUCUUGGAGCAAUAGUACCAGCUUUCGUCAUUGUUUGGCUUGCAUUCAUAAGGGCAGAGCAAACAUCCCUUGCGGUGUUUCUCCUGAAUGUUGGCCUUGGCAUGCAGUCUAUUACUUUAUUUGGCAGUUCGAUCAGUCACGUAGAUUUGACGCCCAGAUUCGCCGGUGUUGCUUUUUGCAUUGACAAUACCACAGUUCAAGUACUCUGUAUAUUUGCGCCCAUUAUGGUGCAAUAUGUUGUGACAGAUUUGACAGACUUAAUCCUUUGGAGAUCGGUAUUUUUAUCAAUGGCGGGACUAUGUAUGCUUACGUCACUGGUGUAUAUGGUUUUUGGUUCUGCUGAUAUCCAAUGGUGGAACGACGGAUCCAAGAAAAAGGAAACUGAUAACUGAUAUGAAUUUUAGUAAAAAAUUGUUUAAAAAAAA